AUGGCCUCUCAACAUGUGAUCACAGUCCAGCCCCAGUUUUCGACUGCCCCGCAGGUGGGCCAGUGGCAGACGGGGCUGAUGGACUGCUGCUCCGACUGCAGCAUCUGUCUUUGUGGAACCUUCUGCUUCUACUGCCUCGCCUGCCAAGUGGCCUCAGACAUGGAUGAGUGCUGCCUGUGCGGCUCCAGCAUGGCCAUGAGGACACUGUACCGCACCAGAUACAACAUCCCGGGCUCCCUUAUGGAUGACUACCUGGCUGCCAUGUGCUGGUCUCAGUGCUCACUCUGCCAGCUGAAGAGAGACAUCAAUCGGAGGAAGGAGCUGGGCAUAUUAUGGCAACGUACUGAAAACCAGCCAGCUGGUUUCACCAACAGAAGGGAAUAUUUUCUUAUGCAAGAAGCUAGUUCUCCUGAGGAGCUCACCACAAUCAGCUAUCAGAGAUCCCAUUUUGGUGAGGCCACCAAGGUGAGGAGCACCAGAGUGAAUGAUGGUGCUGCUGGACCCCUCCUGCAGCGGCUGAACCGUGAGGAAACCCUCAGCAAAACCGAGGGAGAGAAGGCACGAGAGAGAGGGAAACGGAGAGAGGGGGAGUGA